AUGGCUGAACAAACCGAGAAUAUUAUUAAAAAGAUCAAGGUAAGAAUCCUUUCUAUACCCAUUCUCAAACACACCAUCUGCUUCUGUAUAAAAUACAGUAUUGUUUUAUGAUGCAACAAAAAUGCUUUUGUUUUACAACAAAAAUUCUUUUGUCGUAGUGUUUUCCAAUGUUCUAUGCUUGACUAGUCAAACAUUCAUGACAGCAUGUGAUCGAACGUUUUUUAAUAAUCUUCUGUUUUUACAUAUAUCUGGACAGGUUCUACUUCAGAAUAAAAACAGCAAAAAGAUUGCCACAGCAGCAUCUCUCGAAGAGUUGCGGAAAGAGGCACGACAGCUAUUUGGCUUGGAUUCAGAUUCAUUUUUAAUUCAAAAAUAUGAUAACGAUUUCGGUGAGUUUGUGGAUGUAGAUGACUAUAACAAUAUAUCAAGUGGAGACAAAAUGCAUGUGGUUGAAGAAGUAGCACAGUCCAAAGGCGAAGUCAAUGAACCUGCCAAGUCUCAAGACUCAAUUAAUAUAAACUCAAGCCUGCUCAGAGUAGCAUAA